GCUGAGGUACAAAAUGGCUUCUAGACUGCAGGCUGAAGUCUGGACCGAGGAGAUCAUUUGCCCGGUUUGUCUGGAUUUCUUCACUGAUCCUGUUAGUCUGGGCUGCGGCCACAACUUCUGUCGCUCCUGUAUCACCCGGAGCUGGGAAAAGCAGGAGAUCAACUGCUGUGCUGUUUGUCAGGAGACAUUUCCAGAAAAGAACCUCACAGCCAGUUGGGCCUUGGCGAGUCUAGCAGAGAAAGCACGAAAAUUGAGCCUGACCCCGACACAGACGGCAGUUAAACUUCAGUGUGAGAAACACCGGGAGUACCUGAAGCUCUUCUGUGAAACUGACAAGAAAUUGAUCUGUUAUAUUUGCAGAGAUGCGAAACAACACAGAGGUCACAGCUUCCUGCCCAUUGACGAAGCUGCUGAAAUCUCCAAGGUAAUGAUGCGCUCACGAGGCAUUUAUUUUGCUUCCAAGUCAUGUUUUCACAUCAAGCACUUUUAUUCUGUGCGUUUAUUCCAGGAUCAAAUAAAAUCCUCCUUAGCUUCUCUCACACAGAGGAAGGAAACGGCUCUACAAACUGCAGCCAAACAGAAAGAAAAGAUUUCACAAGUUAAGGAACAGGUGAAUAGUCUGCAGAUCCACGUCACGGCUGAGUUUGCUAAAAUGCACCAGAGUCUGACUGACAGAGAGCAGCGAGUGAUGGGGGAUCUCAGACAGCGAGAGGAGGAGAUUUUAAAGCGAAUGGAGGCAAAUCUGCGAGAUAUUCAGUGCAAAUUAGAUUCUGUUGAACAACAACUCUCCGAGUUAACAGCACUGCUGGGAAAAGACGAUCUCACCUUCAUGCAGGAGGAAGCUGCUGCCAACAGAAGGGUCAGUGACGAGGGAUUUGAUCUGUCAGUGUGUGAGGCUGAGCUGCCUGUGGCCAAGUACAAAUGGCCUUUGAAGAACACAGUAUGGAGACAGAUUAUAGACAACAUCAGCCCAGCUCCGGCCUCUCUGACUCUGGAUCCUGACACAGCUCAUCCCCGGCUCAUCCUGUCUGAGGACCUGACCAGCGUGAGACUCGGAGACACAGGGCAGCAGCUCCCGGACUCCCCGAAGAGGUUUGAUCCCUGUGUCUGUGUUCUGGGGUCUGAGGGCUUCACAUCAGGGAGACAUUACUGGGAGGUGCAGGUGGGCAGCAAGACACAGUGGGCAGUGGGAUUGGCCCGAGAGUCUGUCAACAGGAAAGGAGAGAUCACAGCGUCACCAGAGGAUGGAUUCUGGGCUGUGAUACUGAGAAACGGGGAUGAAUAUGAAGCUUGUACCUCACCUCCCACCCGCCUGCCCCUGAGGGACAGACCCGGGAAGCUGGGAGUGUUCCUGGACUAUGAGGGGGGAGAGGUGACAUUUUACAACGCCGACAACAUGUCUCAUCUCCACACUUUCACCCAGACUUUCACUGAGAAGCUUUAUCCGUACUUCAGUCCCGGUUUGAACGACGGCGGCAAAAACUCUGAGCCUCUGAGUAUCUGCCUUGUGACAGAUUAAUGAGGAGGGAACCCUCAGCCAUGACCUGUGUUUGGCGGUGAUGGCCACCAGGCUGAACGUUUUAUAAUCUGUGUCGCUGUACAAUAAAGCUGUCGUUUAUAUGACACCUUUCACACUGG